AUGAAGGCCUCUACUGGUGUUUACGGCUUAGCAGCAGCAGCUUUUGCCAGCUUAGCCUCAGCUGCCUCUCCCUACUGGUACAUCACCACCCUUCGGACUUUCGAGACUACUUCCACAACAUUCGCCAGCAGCCUUCAAUUCAACUUUGAAGAUGCCUCUAUUUCCUUGAUUACGACGUGCAAAUAUGCCAACGCCCCUGGAUCUGGCCGUCCAGCCACGGUGUUGACUCCUACGGCCUGCGAGAAUCCACAGGUGAAAUUCACCUAUAUUCAAACCAGUCAUUCUACCGGCCAAAUUUCUAUCACUCUUGAACAUCUUAAUGGAGCAGGCAACCUUCAAGGAGUGCAAAAUGGAACUGGCAUUGCUGACCUCGCUUGCCAGCAAGAAGAGAGCCAGAGUGGAACAACUUGUUAUGCGGAGAAUACGGAAAUCAUUCCUGGCACUGAGGCUGGCUCACCGUCAUUCUAG